CGCACGUGUGGCCCAGCGGAAAAAGAUGGAUGUUUGGUACCAUCAUCCGCCGCCGCUGCCGCCUCCUCCGUUUCCAGCCUGGGGCGCCGCUGGGCACUGGCAGCCGGGACCCCCCGGCCCUGGCACUGGGCCUCGCCUCAGCCUCCACCGCCACACCCAGGCAGACAUCCUCAUUUUGGUGAAGACUGGCAGGUGAAACAAACUGGACUGCCACAAGCUGGAGCCUGUCAAGGCAGGAAGCACAGACAGAAGAACAAAAAGAGAAAGGAACCUGUUUUUACCCAUUACUGUGAUACGUGCGAUCGUGGCUUUAAAAACAAGGAGAAAUAUGAGGAACAUAUCUCUCAGCACAAGCAGUGCACUGAAGAUGGCUGUAACUUUAGAGCACAUGAGAAACUGGUUCAGAUCCACUGGAGAAAUAUGCAUUCUUCUGGUGCCAAGCGGAUCAAAUUAGAUACCCCAGAUGAAAUUGCAAGAUGGAGAGAAGAGAGGAAAAAAAAUUUCCCGACUUUGGCAAAUAUUGAAAAGAAGAAAGCAUUAAAGGUGGAAAAAGAAUGUCGGGGAGAAGUGCUGACAACUUUACAAUUUGGCAAGAUGAAGGGAAUGUGGAAACCUCCAAACGAAAGUUCUAGGCAGCAAGGAAACGCACAGCGGAGAACAAAUCAGCGCUGGAAUAAAUCUAGGAAUGUUGCUAAUAACAAACUGAACUCUUCGGCUGGGACCAGUUCCGACAACCAUGAAGCUGAGGAGAAGGUUAGAAGAGGAUCUUGCGGAGAUGCAGAAGGCUCCAUGACUGAUAAAGACCCUUUGAGCAUUCUGGCCAGCAGCGAUCCUGAAUCCGACAAAGAGGCGGGAACUCCCAAAGAUCAAGCUUUGGAAACUAGUAUCGUUCCGAAACAGCUGACCUCAGCCCUGAGCUCGCUGGUGGUGAACUAUGGCAGCUUGUCCGAAAGUGAGAGUGAACAGGAAGAGUCCACCGCUCCCAGGGCAAAGACGGUAACUGAAAAUGAUGACGCCAUUCUCAGAAAGAUCCCUGGGUCUUCAAAUAACUCUCAAAGCCGUGAGCACGAGGCUCGCCAAGAAACUCUCUCUAACCCACAUAACGGGGCCACAUUAGGGAGAUCAAAAUCACAUUCAAGGAACACGAGGAAUCAGAAAAGGCAGAAGAAAACGCUCCCGGCAUUGCGAACCCACCAUCCAACUUUGCUAGAAAUGCUUUUAGCAAAAGACAUACGGCACGAAAGGAAUGUGAUCCUGCAGUGUAUCCGCUACAUCCUACAGAACGACGGCCUUGGACUGCGCUUAGGAAGUCAUUCAGACGCACUGUCGGACCGCGAGCUAACUCCUGAGCACGCACAGAAUUUGGCAGCAGUCGAACCUUGCCAAUUAAUCCACCCUCUCGAUUUUGACCCGAACAAAACACAACCGAAUGAAGUAUUUCAAAGCGAGGAAAUCUCUGCGUUUCCUGCUGUGGAUGAAGAUAUUUGGGAAUCUACAGAGAUCGCUUCUGAAGGCAACUAAUCUCUUUUCUUUUCUUUUCUUUUUUUAACUUACGCGUGGGUAACAGUUACCCAUCCAUCUUCGGAUGCUCGCUGAAACUCCUCAGACUGUCCGUCGCAUCCAAACGAUUUCCCUACGUUUAAAUUAACUCUUGAUGAACAACUAAAACUCACGUUAGGCCUUGUGACGUUACGAUCUUGCAAUAUUGUUCUUCAGGGAUUCAUUUUUUACUUACUGUAAGUGUGAAUAAAAAUCGUAUUAAUACUG